AAUCGGCUAUCAGUCAAUAGUACCCUCCCGAUUUCGACCAGGACCAGAAUAAAACCAUUAUUAUUAGUUGAGGGUUCUGAUUACAAAUGGUUUUCAGGUUUUGGACGAGCGUUUGUGCUGAAAUGUCUGGAUAACGGCCUGAUGGUGUUUGCCGGCUGUCGGACUGUAGAGUUACAGGGUGUGAAAUCGCUGACGGAGGAGUGCAACGGACGAGGUGGCAUUUUGCAUGCAUUCGAAUUGGAUGUCACUUCCGAUGAAAGUGUUCAGAAUGCAAAGAAUUACGUCGAGGAGCAGCUACAACGCACUAACAAAAGUACGUGCCAAAAUAAUAUAAGACACAAGGACACAUUAACUUAA